UGAGAAUAUUUCACUUUGAUAGUAAAAAUAGGAGUAUAUUUCCACCCGACUCUAUCUUUCUCUCCAAUCCAAACAGUUUCAUUCGUCGCGGAGUACUGUGAUACUAAAAAUAGGAGUAUAUUUUCCAAAAAUUUACGUGGUUAAACCGAAGCACACGCUCCACGUUGGUUCCGCCCCUCUCUGAUGAUGACGAUGAGAGGAAGGGGGCUGCUGGGUCUGGCCUCUCGGGUCCCAGGGACGAAAGCUUUCAGCACCGAGAUAUUUGUGAGCAGGUUAUCGUUCUACACAACAGAGGAAGAAUUUAAAAACACAUUUUCACCAUUUGGAGCUGUAGAAGAAGUCCGGUUGGUGAGAGACAACCAAACUGGAAGGCCAAAGGGAUUUGGUUUUGUAAAAUAUUCAUCCCAAGCGGCGGCAGAGAAAGCUGUCAAGGCAAUGGAUGGAAGAAUAAUUCGAGGAAGACUAAUCUUUGUUGAGGCUGCAAAGGAACCCUGAUGAUACUGGAUAGUGCAGAUUGCUUCAGGUUUCUACUAGCUAGAGCAUGUUCCUGUACAUGAACAAGUGCUUUUGUACUGACAGAAAAAAGCUGCAGUUGGAGUUUGAUUAUUUUGUUCUG